CCCAGUAAUUAACCAUUCGAUGCUAAUGAGAGUAUCUAUGCCUGCCUUCUCCCCGAAGCCUACUCGUUCUUACAAUGUUCGUUCUAUUAGCUUUCCAGCUAGAUCACAUCCUAAUAUAAGCAGAAUUGAAGAACAGCUGAACAAGCUUAGUUCUUGCGAGGCAUCAUCACUGAAUGCAGAAAGAAUCUGCGCUCGUCUGUCUGGCCUUGGGGAGAUCUACAGAUGCAUUGAGGAUCUGCUUAAUUUACCACUGACCCAACAGGCCCUGGCACAAAAUCAAGAGGAGAAAUGGAUAGCAGAUAUGUUAGAUUAUCUGAUUAGAUACUUAGAUUUAUGCAGCAACACAAGGGAUGGUGUUUUGUUGAUGAAAGAAAGUGUUCGAGAACUUCAAUCAGCUCUUCGUAGAAGCAAAGGUGGAGGAGAGUCGAGCAUUGAAGGAAAUGUCAAUGAUUACAUUUUCUGCAGAAAGAAGAUAAAAAGGGAAGCAGAGAAGUCUCUUGCAUCACUAAAGCAGAAGGAUUCUUCUUCUCUGUUAAAUGCAAAUGACCAUUAUCCGUCUGCAAUAUUGAAAGCUCUUAGAGAGGCAAGUUGGAUGACCAUUUCCAUCUUUAGUUCGCUCUUGUUGUUCCUGUGCGUACCAGUCCUGAAACCAAAGCGCAGCAAAUGGUCUUUGCUUUCAAAACUGGUGCACAAGGGCGCAGUUGCAUGUGAAGGCCAACAUGAGAACAUGAAUGAGUUGGAGAAUGUGGAUCUUGUACUUGCCACCCUGUUGGGGAAUAAAGCAAGUAGAGAUUUAGAGUCCGAGAAGAUAGAAGCUGCACAGAAAAUGCUGGAAAUUUUAGAAAUCAGCAUUGAAGAAAUUGAAAAUGAGUUGGAAUGCUUGUUUAGGCAUUUAAUCCAUACUAGAGUCUCCCUGCUGAACAUACUUUCUCACCAAUUAGAGUGAUUCUGACAAGCAUUUGUAUCACUGAGGAAUCCUCAAUUUUUACGAGGAUCUUCAUCAUGUUGAUAACCUUUGUACAAUCAUGUUGAUGAAUCUCAUUGUACAUUACAAGGUUAUGAUAAAAAUCAAUUUGUAUAGACAAUUUUUAUUCAUAAAAACCUGAUACUCAC